AUGGAUCUCCUCCGCCUCGAGCAGCAGCGUCAGGCGCUAGAGCAGAAUUUGCAGAAAUUGCGCGCUGCUCUGAAGCACUGGCAGACUUAUGGCGCAGAACUUGAGGGCCUAAAAGAAGAAAUCCAGACAGCAGGCAGUGCACUGGACUUCGAAGGAAUCAGCAAGACCUAUGAUGGUGAGCUCGUCAACGAAAAGGAGAUCUGCGAGCUUGCAGGUCUGUCAGCGGACUCGCCACGCUCAGCAUCCCAGGUUCUGGGAAUGGUGUCGAGACGCCAGGAAUACGUACAGAAGAAUAUUGAUACCAUCCAAAAGCAAUACUGGGAUGGCGAAUCGAAGCUGGAAGAGCUAGACUUUGCGGCCAUCUCGGCGAAUCGAGGCGAUGGAUCUGGGAACUUGCCCCUCACCGAGAUUCAGGAAGAACUGGACGAGGACGGCAAUGUGGUUUCGAGCAGAGUGUCCCAACCUGAAGCACAAACGACAAAACUGGUAGAUGCAUUGCGAAAGGCUGGUCUUUCAGAGCAAGAUAUUGCCGACAAAGGCAGCGCAAGUAACGAGCUUGACGAUGAAGCUGUGAAAGCCGCCACAUUACCGCCGUCCGCGUUGAAAAAUGCUGAGCAUCAGCCAAAAGCCAACACUGUAGAGCAUUCUUCGCAUGACUCAGAGCACGCAUCGCGACCGCCUAUCCGCAAGAAGUCGGUCUCUUUUACCGCUGACACCAAGAAUUCACCGGAACCAGAGCGCCAAGACUCUGAAGAUGGGCGCAAAUCGGUCUCGUUCAACGACAAGGUGGCCGUGAUGCCAGCCGCCCCUUCGCCGGACUCAAGAUCGGUGUCUUUCUCGCCCAAAGUAGAAGAGAUCCCAGCCGAACCAGCCCCACCAGUCGAUAGCAAAGCCGACUCGGACUUCCAGAAAAGCCUAAAAGGGUUCAUGUUCAAGCCCGGACAGAAGGUUGCUGAACUUGAUGAUGACACAGACGAGGUCGCCAAGUUUCACGAUGUUAUUAUCCCUGAGGACGAAUCUGAGGAAGAUGCUGCGACUCGUCGGGAAAUGUUGGAAUAUCAUCUGAACGAAGUCGGUCACGUUGUGGCGCAGAUGGACUUGGAUCCUGAAGAUUAUGAGAUGGACGAGGACGAGGUGUCGGACUUCACUUCUUCAGAAUAUCAAGACGAAGACACGCCGUACACGAGUGGACUGUCAGACUCUGAUGUUGAAAGCGAGGACGAAUAUGGCCGUACAAAGCGACGGGUCAUCAGCGACGAUUACCACAAGGAGAUGCAAGAGCUGUCACGCCGUCUGAUUGGCAAUCUGGGCCCUGCACCAGUCACCAAAGAUGAGGCCGAGCUGGACUCUUUUGUCGAUCCUCAAGACGUCCACAGGCUUGUCAUUCGUGGAAAGCAGGCCGACGAAAGCUCCGAUAGCGACAAGAAAUCUAGCGGUAAGAAACGAGUCAGCUUUGCGGAAGCUCUAGAUGUUGCCGAUGAGCCCACGCAGAAGUUGCAAAAGCUUGAUGCGGCCGAAAGUGUGGAGAAUGUCGCCCCAAUGGCAGAAGAAGUUUCGGAGCGCGUUACAACUGCGCCAAAGAUGUCCGCAUUCAAAGCUGGCCGCGCUGCGAAGGAGCAAGGGUUGAAUAUCCCAACGCCACCAACAACCAGCAUUAUUGCAGACCAACUUCUUGAGCGUCCAACGCGGCGCAAGUCCGCCACCGCUCCGUCUGAGGAUGGCGUGCUCUCAGAUCCGAUCUCCCAACGUCGCGAGCUUGCCGCAGAGUACUAUCGCCGACGUAACGACAUUAUUCGUCAGCAGGGAGGGUUCAAGAACAAUGACGAGGACGAUGAUGGCGAGCCGCUGAUGGAAGAACGGGGUGGCAAGAUGAAGAAAGUGAGCAAGUUCAAGGCAGCGAGAAUUAGAUCUUGA